CUUUGAAUUUAGCACUACCAUAAUUAUUAUAAUUUUUUACAUGGUAAAGGAAAGUAGGUGUGUGUUGCCUGUGUUUCCCUUCUUUGGUGGUGUCUAAAGAAGAAAGGACUACUAAGAGACAAUCAAUCACAAUUCACAACCAAAAAAAAAGCUCCUAUUUUAUCUCUCUUAUUAAUAUCUCUAUCUGGGUCUUCUUCUGUUUCUGUAUUUGAUAUAUAUAUAUUUUUUGGUUACUUUAAAAGCAAGGCUUAGAUUUUGUUAGCAAUCUACCUUUUUUUGGGUCUCUUCUUUCUCCCCUCUUGCGUAAAAGCUUUCUGGGUUUUUGCCUAUUUGCUAUUAAAACUGAAUUGAAGUAAUCUCUUGAAUUCUACCUCUCUGGAAUAUUUUUUCUGUGUGUUCUGCACUCUGCAAGCAAACCUCACAUAUUGUUUCCUUCUUCCUUUUCUUUCUCAUCAAGGGAUUUCUGGGCCUCGGCCUAUUUGGUGAAGAGAGAUGGUGAGAGGAAAGACUCAGAUGAGGCGCAUAGAGAAUGCCACAAGCAGACAAGUGACUUUCUCCAAGAGGCGAAAUGGGCUGCUAAAGAAGGCCUUUGAGCUAUCAGUUCUUUGCGAUGCUGAGGUCGCAAUUAUAAUUUUCUCUCCUAGGGGCAAGCUCUAUGAAUUUGCAAGUUUCAGCAUGCAGGAGACAAUAGAACGCUACCGUCGGCAUACAAAAGACACUCAAACCAACAGCAAAUCAAUUGAACAAAACAUGCAGCAUUUAAAGCAUGAAGCAGCAACCAUGAUGAAGAAGAUUGAGCAUCUUGAAGUUUCAAAACGGAGACUCCUAGGAGAAGGUCUAGGAACAUGCUCCCUUGAAGAACUCCAACAGAUAGAAGAACAGUUAGAGAGGAGCGUAAGCAGCAUUAGAGCUAGAAAGGCUCAGGUUUUCAAGGAACAAAUUGAGCAACUAAAGGAAAAGGAAAAAGUCCUAGCAGCUGAAAAUGCAAGGCUAUGUGAGAAGUGUGGUAUUCAACCACAGCAAGGAUCAAAUGAGCAGAGAGAAAUUUUACCUUAUGAAGAAAGUAGUCCAAGUUCUGAUGUGGAAACUGAGUUGUUCAUUGGACCACCAGAAGGGAGAACAAAGCGCUCUCGCUUACAGAAUUGAUGGUCUUACUCUUAAAAUUAAGCCACAUCUUUGCAAAUAUAAUACAUUAUUAGUAAGUCUAUUUCCAAUAAUCUGUACUAGAUUGUGGUACAACUAAAAUGUUGCACUCCCUCAGGCAAUUGUACUGCUGACUGCCAAUAGCUUGAUAUAUUGUUUGCUGAAAGUGACAGCUUUGAUUAUAGUUAUCAAGUUUACUAUGGGAAUAUUGUAUCUUGGUAUAUAUAUAUUUCAUUUUAUUAUAAUAGUCCAAUGGUCCUUCUAGGCCUUUUUAUA